UAAGGGAGAGCUACUUCCAGAGUUGAGUUAGAGUGAUCCACUCUGUUUGCCAGAGGAACAUCACUUCUUCUUGCCGAUAUUUGCAGAGACAAGCUUUCAGAAAACAAAAGGUUUUGUACUAAGAAGAGAACAAAAUGAUCUUUUUCAUUCCUAUUUUUGCUGUGGUUCUCACUUUGCAUCAGAUUGGGAGGAAUCCUGCGAGUGCUGGGAUGUGCUGGCUGCAGCAGAGUCAAGACCAAAGGUGCGACAUGGUGCUGAUGAGAGGGGUGACCAGAGAGGAGUGCUGUGCCGGGGGCCGCCUGGACACAGCGUGGUCCAACACCAGCCUGCCCAUGAAUGAGGUCAGCCUGCUGGGCUUCCUCGGAAUCGUCUCCUGUAAACCAUGCAAAGAGACUUGCGAGGGAGUCCAAUGCAGUCCCGGUAAGGUUUGCAAAAUGAAGACGGGAAGGCCUCAGUGUGUGUGCUCUCCAGACUGCUCUCAUAUUACCCGGAAGCAAGCUGUGUGCGGCAGUGAUGGGCGGUCAUAUAAGGAUGAGUGUACUAUGUUGAUGGCCCGCUGCAUGGGACACCCAGACCUGGAGGUCAUGUACCAAGGAGACUGCAAAAAGUCGUGCUCCAACGUGGUGUGUCCAGGUACCCACACCUGUGUGACCGACCAGACCAACAGUGCUCACUGUGUCAUGUGCCGCACAACUCCUUGCCCAAUCCCCAUGCUAUCUGAGCAGCAGAUCUGUGGCAAUGACAACAUCACUUACCGCAGUGCCUGCCACCUCCGCCGGGCCACCUGCUUCCUCGGCCGCUCCAUAGGAGUCCGCCACUACGGCCACUGCAACACUCCCCCUCGGAAACCUCAAGAUUUUGAAGGCAGUGAGGAAAACGCAGUCUAGAUGGACGACUCCUGACACGAGACGAGUUGGACGACAAACAUUUCCAAGUGUCACACCACUAGCUUCCCAUUUUUGACAAUCGACCCCCGCUCCCCCCCCCCCACCCCUUUGUGCACAGAUGACCUUACAUUUGGAAGACCUCUGUUGGAAGACAUAAAAUAGUGUAACUGCAUCAAAAAGAGCUACAAAACCCUGAGAGCAAUUUGUGUUCAUUUUGUGUUAGUUUGGGAAAUAGAGGCAGAAGAACACGUGUCUCGAGGUAGAAAUAUGUCAGGCUCUUUGGGAGGUGUGUGCAUAUUGUAAAUAGAAUACCACUACUAUUUAUUGGAGAAGGUAUCAAACUCUAUUUAUGUUUUUAUCUUAGUUAAAAAUCCAUAUAUCCUUGGUAAAGCUGAUCAUAAAAUGUAUUUAUUGUGUUUUGUUUAUUGUGUAUGUACAAUAACGGCCACUGGCAUUGACAUUUUACAGCUUCUUUUUUAUUUUAUUUUUACAGUUUUUACGUUCUCCACAAACAAACAGUUCCCCCCCCCCCCCCCCACAGGCUGAUGGAAAGCAUCGCUAAUUUGUUUCGGAAGUUGUUAUGACUUUAUAACAAUGUGGUUUAAAUUCCCCACAAACAAGAAGAGGGCAGCUACAGUUGUGCUGUAUGUUCUUCAGCUUUUGUAUAGAGGUGAUGAAGGGGCUCAGCCUAAACAAACCUGUAUAGUCUCUCCCCAUUCCUCCCCCCCCGCACAUGUUUACGCUGGAUCCUGAUCCAAACUCUCGACCACCCGCUGAUUACUAAAAUGAACAGUUUGGUUGUGUUUGUAGGAGUCUCAGAAGACUGUUGGUACAACCCCAAGCCCUCUGCAAUACCUCCUCUGUUGAUGCUUUGCUUUGUUUUGUAAAAGCAUUUUUGUAGUUCGUGCUAGUUCAUUGCGUUGCUGUUUUGCUGCUUUAAUUUGAUUGAAAUCAUUCACAGAACUUACUGGACAGACAAAUGUAAUCAGCGUCGUCUGAUUGAAUGGAAAAUUAAAUUAGUCUGAGAAUGGACUGCAGUUUAGACCAGCUGAACAUACCUGACUAUACUGCCAUCAGAGAAAUGUCAAUGUGUUCAUAGUUGACAUAUACAUAGAUAGAUAUCAAUUCAAUCAAGUGAUCCAAUUAAAUCUUCAAACCCAAAGCAGUCGUCUGAAAUACUUUCAAUGACCCUUAUAGUGUAUUAUUGACCAUUUCAAUGACUCUCCUGUAAAUAUCAGUCUCAUGUGUACCUACUGUGAAAUUUGAAUGACAAAUGCAUCAACAUAGUUUUGUAUUUUUGUACUGCCAUUUCAAAACAACAUAAAGUUUAAUA